AUGAAUUUUCGAAAUCGUUCAUUUUUAAUAGCACAUGUUCAACGAACAUUAGAUUUUUAUGAUCAAUCCGUUGAUCCUAAAGGUGGUUUCUAUCAAUUCUAUAAAGAUGAUGGCACCGUUUACGAUCCUCAUACUCGUCAUUUAGUAUCCUCAACACGUUUCGUUUAUAACUAUGCUAUGGCUUAUAUACAUUUCCGUAAAGAUGAUUACCUCGAACGUACACGGCACGGUGUGGAUUAUCUUCGUAAAUUCCACCGUAAUCCUCAAACUGGUGGCUAUGCUUGGGUCAUUUACGAUGGAAAAGUUAGUGAUGAUACAAAUCAUUGCUAUGGGCUAGCGUUCGUCAUCUUAGCUUAUGCAUGUGCCUUACGUGCUGGUAUUGAAGAAGCUCGAGAAUGGAUUCGUGAGACGUAUGAUGUGAUGGAAGAACAUUUUUGGUUGAAAGAAUAUGGAGUCUAUGGAAGUGAAGCAUUCGGUGAUUGGAAAUUGACAGACUAUCGUGGUCAGAAUGAUAAUAUGCAUGCUUGUGAAGCCAUGUUAGCUGCAUAUGAAGCAACAAACGAGAAGUUCUACCUGGAACGAGCAAAAACUUUAGCUGAAAACAUAACAGCUAGUUCCAAAGAAUUACAGUAUCAAGUCUUCGAGCAUUUUAACCUCGAUUGGAGUCCAAAUUAUGAGUAUAACAAAGGUGUUCGAACAAAUAUAUUUCGUCCAUGGGGUAUUCAAACUGGUCAUCAAGCGGAAUGGGCGAAACUUUUAAUAAUUCUUGAUCGACAUGAUCCUCAACCCUGGCAUGUCGAACGUGCGACUCGAUUGUUCGAUCGUGCAAUGAAAUACGGCUGGGAUGAAGUCAAUGGUGGUUUAGUAUACGGCUACGAUGUCGAAGGCAAUCUAUACGAUGCUGAUAAAUACUUCUGGGUACAAGCAGAAAGUUUUGCUGCAGCUGCUCUACUUGCAGAUAAGUUAAAAGAUGAUAAAUACUGGCAAUGGUAUGAUAAAAUCUGGGAAUACAGUUGGAAAUACUUUGUUGAUCAUAAGUAUGGUGCUUGGUAUAGAAUUCUAACACCAACAAACGAAAAAUACUCCGACGAGAAGUCACCAGCAGGAAAAACAGAUUAUCAUACGAUGGGUGCUUGUUAUGAAGUACUGAAUGUUAUUGGUGAACAAUAA